UCUGUGGAGUUAGAAACCCGCCCCGCCUCUUGCCUUUUAGUGGGAUUCCCCGACAGGCAACGUGCUCUGCUUUAGCUCAAAAUAUUUUGACUUUUUCAACUGUUUUAGCAUCGCCUCCUCUAUACCGACCAGUGGACUCAUAUCUCUCUCUUCCACACCAGAACAUACAAGCACUCCUUGGUUUGGAUCUUGGCUCUUCCUAAUUUUCUCUCAGCCGGGAACAGAGGGAAAUAAUAAUGGAAGAGCAAAGCUUUGAAGGUCUGCCUCUCAGCCAGAGUCUGCCCCUGAGCCAGGGCUCAUUCAGAGAGCUGUGGGAGAGCGUGGUGACUGCCUCCAUCUCCACCAUUCCAACGGCGAAUGAGCCUCAGGGAACAUUUGGACAUAUGGACAUGCUGCUAAUGAAUGAACAAGCACUGACUGAUGGGUUUGAUGAGAAUCUGUUUGAGCUGAUCCCGGAGGUGUCCACUAAAGAUGGUGUUACUCCCCCGGCGUCCACCGUCCCGGUUACAACCGACUAUCCAGGGGAAUAUGGCUUCCAGCUUCGCUUUCAGAAGUCUGGCACGGCCAAAUCUGUUACCUCCACGUAUUCAGAGCUUCUCAACAAGCUGUAUUGCCAGCUGGCAAAGACCAGCCCGAUUGAAGUGCUAGUGAGCAAGGAGCUUCCUCCGGGUGCUGUCUUGAGGGCCACAGCGGUCUAUAAGAAGACUGAACAUGUGGCCGAAGUGGUCCGUAGAUGCCCACAUCACCAGAAUGAGGACGCUGCAGAACAUCGCAGCCACCUGAUCAGAGUGGAGGGCAGCCAGAGGGCCCAGUAUUUUGAAAAUGCACACACGAAGAGGCAGAGUGUGACCGUUCCCUAUGAGCCCCCGCAGUUGGGAUCCGAAAUUACCACAAUCCUCCUCAGCUUCAUGUGUAAUAGUUCGUGCAUGGGGGGCAUGAACCGCAGACCCAUCCUCACCAUCCUGACCCUUGAGACUCCAGAGGGACUGGUUUUGGGCCGGAGGUGCUUCGAAGUGCGUGUCUGUGCAUGUCCAGGCAGGGACCGCAAGACAGAAGAGGAGAAUAGCGCAAAAAAUGGAACUAAGCAAACGAAAAAGCGGAAGAGCACCCCAGCUCCAGCUCCUGAUGCAACAUCUAUAAAGAAGGCCAAGUCAGCAUCCAGUGCUGAGGAGGAGGACAAGGAUGUGUUUGUUCUGCAUGUGCGUGGGCGCGAGAGAUAUGAGAUGUUGAAAAAAAUCAAUGAUGGCCAGGAGUUGCUUGAUAAACAAAAUAAAACAAAGAGCAAGGUGUCUGUGAAGCAAGAGAUUGCUGUGCCUUCCAGCGGAAAGAGACUCCUGCAAAGAGGAGAGAAGAGUGACAGCGACUAAGAAGCUCGCAGCCUUGAUCAUGAGAACAAACAUCCUCGUCCUAUCCUUGUCUCUCAGCCAUCGGGUUUAUUUCAGGCUUUUACCCGUCAUUGGAACCCCAAAUCACCGGCUGCCCCAGUACGCCAUAAAACUUGAUACUGUAACUGUACUGCCUGACCGUUUACUGUACUGUAGGUCCUGUUAAAUGGCUUUGAGAUCUUAAAGGAACAGUGUGUAACAUAUCGGGGGAUCUAUUCGCAGAAAUGGAAUAUAAUAAUCACCAUUACUAUGUUUUCAUUAGUGUAUAAUCACCUUAAACUAAGUAAGCCACAGAGUGCAAAACCGUGGUAUUGCCAGCCGCUGUCUGACUUCCGUUGCUCAUAAAGUAGUGUUAUUAUGGUAAGCAGCGAGGCGAACGGCGUUACCACGGUUUUACACUCGGCUGCUCUCGUUACAGCAGUCUUGGAAAGGGAGGAGUGAGCGGAGGGGUACUAUGUUGGGGGUGCUCAGUAGAUGCUGCAAAAUCCUACACACUGUUCCUUUAAACUUUGCAUGAACCAGAAUAUCUUGGUAUGCCUUAAAAUUAAGUGACUACUUAAUCAGUGUUAAUCUUCGCAGGGAUUUACAUUUGAGUUUUAAUGAUUCCAUUUUUAAAAUGUCAGUCAUGUUGUCAUUUAUAAUGCAUUAUUUUUGGUCUGAUUUAGUCAAUGAAAACUGAAGAGAUUGUUUCUUGGUAUUUCCUCGACAUUUGUUCUUUUGUUUUCGCAAAAUAGUAAAUAUUUUAGUAGAGUAAGACAGAACUCAAGAAGCAGUUCGGUCAAAUUUGCAAAAGAUAAUACGAGUCACUGCCAUUCCUUUAAAGUCAUGCUUGUAAACCUUGAAUGGAUGUUUACGUCCAUUAAAGUAGCUGUAUUACUGUACCAUAGCCCAUGCGGUUUCACACAUUUACAUCCUGCCAAUCUCUCCUUUUGGGUGUCUAUGUGAGGAAGUCGGUCCAAGUGUUUCAGUUCCGCUCUCUUAGAUGACCUAUGCAAGCAAAUAUAACAAUGAAAGUAAGAAAAAGAAACAGAUAUAAGGCCAGAUUGAAUAAUGUUUAGGAAUGCACAGGUUUGACUGCAUGUGAUUUUUGUCAGCCGUUUUUUUUUUUUUUCUUCUUCACGUAAAGCUGUAAAUACAUUGUAGCCCUGUUUAGUUCCAAGAAUCUGUCUGUUGACCUCUUAAAUGUUGGUGGUUUUGCUCGCAGGGAACAUGUACUGUCAUGAUUUCUGUAAAAAAAAAAAAAAAAUGAACGGUAGAUUUGGUAGAUAGGGGGCUGGCUGGAUCACCCCAAAAGCUAAUCACCUUUUAGUAUUUGUAACUUUU